AUGCGAGGCACCAUAGAACGCUUGGUCUUUCUCUUGGAGAGUUCGUCGGGCGAGGUCCAGGCACCCGCCUGCCGUGCGCUUGAGAGAAUUGCAUGUGCCAGCAAGACAGGAAUGCAAGCUCUUUUGGUCUGCGAGCCCCUUGCAGCUCUGAAGGAGUUGAUGGAAAGUGAUGAGCCAGCACUGCAGCUAGAAAGCACGGUGUUGGUGGCCAAUACGAUCGCAUUUGGAGGUCCACAUGUGGAGGAGGUUUUGAAAGCAGGCUCCAUGGAUGAGACACCCUCGAGCGCAGGUGGCAGUCCGAAAAGCCAAGCCCGAAAGAAAGAGAGAAGGUUGCCCACCUGGGGCCAGCUCGAGUCAAGGAAGGUGAAUGCCGCUUGCGCCAUGGAUCGGGUGGAGUUUCUCGCGAGCACUAGGAAUCGUUUCACGGAGUUCAGAGCUUCAGAAGCAAACGAGAUGAGGCAAGCCAUUCGUUCCAGGAGCACGCCGAGCAUGUACAUGCGGCGCACCCUGUCGUCAAGCGCUGAGGGUGCUGCUGAAGUACUGACAAAGCAGAACACGACGCUCACCACUGCCAAGACAAAUGUGCUCCGUUUAGAAGCUCUCAACAAGUUUAUUGUGGAGAAGGAGAAGCACACAGGAGGCAAAAAGCAAGAACAAGCUGCACUCAGUUUUGCAAGAAAGUCCCAGCCCAUCGUCAAGCCGUACCCCAUGUACGAUGAACUCUACAAUCUACCGCUACGGGAUCCAGAUCGACCUCGAGAAUUUCCAGUCAGUGCAGCGACUUGGCGAUUUUGCUGA